UGCCAGUCAACACUCAACCACGCGGUCUCACAAUAAAUUAUAAUAAAUAUUAAAAUUAUUACCAUUGUCAUCGAGUGAUUGUUAAUUAAAUAUUUGUCAUUAAAUAUAGCAAAUAAUGUCAAGUGAUAAAGAUCCAUUUGUCACUGAUAAAUCAACAAAUAAAUACAUCAAAUUAUGGAAAAUUAAAACAAUUAUAUUGUUAUUAUUAUUAAUAAUAGUUACACUAAUUAUUGGUACUGUAUUAAUUGUUCGUAAGCAUAAUUUUGAUUCUGAAAAAUGUGAAUACAACAUUAAAAUAACUGAGGGAAAUAUAACAAAUGAUUGUAUAACAAAUUUAAAUGCAUAUUAUGCUGAUUUUAAUUUAUUCAAUAAUAAUAAAAAUAGCCAUGAAAAUAUUAAAUACAUCAUUACAAAUAAAAUACAUAAUUCAUUAUUUCAUAUUGAUGAAAAUGGCUGUAUGAUUAUGAAAAAUAAAUUAUACAAAUACAUGAAUAACAACAAUAAAAUAAUGACAAUAAAUAUUAUACCACGUGAUGAUUAUUAUUGGAUAAAUAUGAAUAAUUAUCCGUACAAAAAUAUAACAGUUAACAUUGAAUUAUCAGAUGCAAAUGAAAAUUAUAAAAAAUCAAAUUUCAUAAUAAACAGCAACAACAAUUGUAUACCAUUUAGAGAAAAAUUAUUUCCACGUGAAAUAAUAAAUCUUGAUGAAUAUAAUAUUGAUAAAAGUAAUUUAACAUAUAGAAUAAAUAAAUUAAAUAACAGCCAAAUGAUUUAUGAUAAAUUUGAUAUUAAAAAUAAUGGUAUUAUUGAUAGUCGAGUUAUAUUUGAUUAUCAUGAUAAAAAUAUGUACAAUAUAUCAUUAUUAAUAACUGAUAAUAAGUACAUGAUGACUGAUGAAUUAUUGCUAACAAUAUGUAUUGAAAAAAAUGAUGAUAAACUUGAUUUUUGUAAGGAUAAAUCAACAUUUGAAAUAUCAACUAAACAACAGUAUGAAUAUUUUAUAAAUACAACAACACCAAUUACAAAAUUGUGUUUAAAAAAUAAUUUUAAUCAAGUAUCAUUCAAGAUAACAUCUGGUAAUGAUGAUGAACAAUUUAUGAUAACAUCAACAGGUGAAAUUUAUGUUAAUGAUAUAUUUUCUGAUUAUAAAAAUGAUAUGAUAUAUGAACUAACAAUAAAUGCAAUUGAUGAAAUAUUUAAUUACAAUAUUGAUAAAAAAAUUAAAAUAAUUAUUAAAAAAUUUAAUAAUUAUUCACCAGUAUUUAAAAGUCAUAAUGAUACAAUUGAUAUUGUGAUUGAUAAGGAUAUUGAAGGUUGUUUAAUUAACGUUGAAGCAUAUGAUCCUGAUAUUGAUGAUGAAAAAAUUAAUCAACAUGUUAUUUAUGGUUUAUCUGAGCCACAAUAUUUUGACAUUGAUAAUAAUGGUUGUGUUAAGUUAAUUAAAAAAAUUAAAAAUACUCAAUACAAUUAUUAUCCAAGUAAUAAGCUUGAUAUAUUUGCAUUUGACAAUGAUGGUGAUGGACCAACAUCUCUCAAAACAAGUAUUCAAAUAAAUAUCAAUUUUAUAAGAGCAAAUUACAAUGAAGUAUUUACAUUGCCAUAUAAAAUAUAUUAUUUAGAAGAUAAUAAUUCACCUGGUUUUAUUGUUAAUUUAACAGCAAACAGUAACAAUGCAACAAGUGUAUUUAAACAAUUUAAAUUCGUCAUUAAUUUAACAACAAAAAGAGGAAAAUUAAUGUCAAAAUUAUUUGAAAUACGUGGUGAUAAUGAGCUUUAUUCAACAGCCAAGCUUCAUUCAAACAACAGAGUUAAACCAAUUAUUCCAAUAACAAUAAUUAGCAAAGAUGAUUCAUCAAUUAAUUCAAGUGUUGAUUUAACAAUACAUGUUCCUAAAAAUUAUAGCGAAUUUAAAUUUUCAAAGGAUCGUUAUGUGUUUAAUAUUUUUGAUGAUAAAAAUAUCAAUGAACAUUUUAUUUCAGUCUAUACAUUACCAGCUUCAAAUGAAAUUGUUAAAUUUAAUAUUAUAUCUGGUAAUGUUAAUGAUACAUUUAAACUUGAUUAUAAUAAUAUUCAACUGAAUAAUAAACUUGAUUAUAAUAAAGUCAAAAAAUAUCAGUUGGAAAUUGAAGCUGUGUGUGGUGCUGACAGAGACACAUCAAUUGUUGAAAUAUUCAUCAUGAAAUCCAAUGACACUGGCUUGAUAUUUCAUGAUAAUUUAAAUGCUCAAACAAAUUUACAAUUAACAAAUCAAAAUUCAAUUAAUAAUCAUUGUUUAUAUGAUUUAAGUGUUGAUGUUAAUGAUGAUAUUGGUGAUCAAAUAAUAUCAUAUUCAUUUACAAACAAUGAUUAUUCUUAUUUUGAUAUUGAUACUGAUAAAAAUUGCUUAAUUAAAAGUAAAAAUUUUAAAAAUACAGCUGUGGAUUAUCUUCAUGAUGAUGAUAAUUAUUUAGCAGUUAGUGUUGUUGCUUAUGUUGAUGAUGAUUGGCAUAUUGAAAGAAGAAAAGAAAUUAUUAUUAACAUUAUGCCAUUUAAGUAAUUUAUUAUUUAUUAUUAUUUUUCCUUCUCCCCUCGCCCCCCCUUGUGUACAUUAAACCCUAAAAAUUUUUAAUAAAGAUUCUUUGAUAAUAAUUUAUAAAUAA